ACUACUUAGAUGGUGAGAAGAAAAAGAUUGAAAAAAGGUUCAACCAAAUUGAAGGUGCAAUAGAGAAACUACAAAAAAGGGAUGAAUCAUGCUUCUGAAGGCGUAAGUUGCCAAGGGUGGGGCAAAGCAGAUUUUGAAGACAACCCACCCGAGGAAUUACUUGAUACUUCCUGUUAUCUUGCGAUUGAUAUUGCCUCCAAUAUAGUUGCCAAAGGAACAAUAGUGAAGCACAAUGAUCUAUCAGGUGAAAACAUUGAAGUAAUGAUGGAAAUGAGUGUGCAAGGAGACGCUUUACUACCGUUUCCACUAGAUGAGGAGUUCAUUUACAAGGUUAAAGAUGCAGUGGGGUUCCUAGUGAAGUGGCCUAGACAUCUAGUCAUUCGAUGCUCUGAUUUGGAAAAAGUGUUGGCGUUUAUGGGAAAAAACGUGUGA